AUGAGAAGUUGGAAAUCAUGGGAAAAGGAAACAAGAACAACUGAGUACCAGUUUUCAAACGAUCCUGAGAGGUUUAGGUUUGCAAGGGAAACGUCGUUCGGGAGAAGGCACUUGAACUUUUGGAGCAAAACUCCUGUUCUAAUAUGGAUUAUAAUUUUGCUAGUAGGAACCAAGCUACAAGUCAUAAUAACAAGAAUGGGGCUGAAAAUUCAAGAGCGAGGAGAAGUUGUAAAGGGCGUGCCCGUAGUUCAACCUGGAGACUAUCUUUUCUGGUUCAAUCGUCCUCGUCUCAUUCUCUAUCUCAUCAAUUUUGUUCUUUUUCAGAACGCGUUUCAACUGGCCUUCUUCUCAUGGACAGUGUAUGAAUUUGGUCUGAAGUCGUGUUUCCAUGAACAUGUGGAGGAUGUGGUGAUUAGAAUCACAAUGGGGAUUCUUGUACAAAUACUUUGCAGUUAUGUCACACUCCCACUAUAUGCUCUCGUGACUCAGAUGGGGUCCACGAUGAAGCCGACGAUAUUCAACGAGCGGGUGGCGACGGCCCUCAAGAACUGGCACCACACCGCCAAGAAACACGUAAAAGAGAUUAACAAGCACCAGCACCCGUCAGCCCCCGGGACCCCCAUGUCUGGAACCCCGCGGUCCCACGGCAUGUCCCCCGUGCACCUCCUCCGCAACCAUAAAGGGGAGGCCGACAGUUUUCAGGCCUCCCCACGUAGGUCCAAUUUCUUCGUCGAGACCGACCAGAUGUGGGACUCCGAGUCACCAUCCCCUCACGGUCAUCCCGACUUGGAUCACGAGGAUGCCUUUCGCCGCCACCCGGACAACGACGACGAGCUGGGCCCAUCUCUGGCGCCGGCGCCGGUUCCACAACUUGAGAUCAACGUCACGGGCUCUACAGACUUCUCGUUCGACGGGCAGCUCAGGAAGUAGAGGUCGCUAUUGAAAUAGUUUGGGGAAUUGGAAGUGAUGAGAAGCAAAAUUGGGUGUGUGUGUGUAUUGAUUUUGUAAAUCAUAUAUACAUUGUGCACUUGGGGAGAUCAAAAAGUGAUCAUGAAAUGUAAUGUUGCUUAAGUAAUUGAAUAUAAGCGAGUACGGGCAAGUAAGCCUUUUGAUUUAUGUAGGUUCAAAUAUGAGAGAGCUUUCCAUGGUAGAGUUGAAAUUGGACAAGGUCCACAAGGAAAUAAAGUAAUAAACGUUUUAGAUAAAUUUUAGCAUGCAAUUUAUAAAUCACUUGUAUAAGGUGAUCAGAUCAUAUACUAUAAGGCAAGCCAUUGUGGCAAAACCACAUAUGAGUAAAAUUGUUACCACCUAAGAAAUAGAUCCAAUGUACAAAAAUUAAUGUUCUCCAAUGCAUUUGGAAGUAUGACAUAGUGCAUUGAGUCUAAUUAGACAUGAGUGGAGAUCUGGUUGCUUUGCAUUGGAAUAAUUUUGGCUAUUUGUACUUAAUUUUGUCCAUUUCAUUCAAAG